UGCUGCUGAACGGAUGAAGUCGGAUUGCGAUUAAAGUUAAAUUAAUACACAGGACACGGUUGACAAGAUCAGUUUUUGUUAAUCGAAAACUAGAUAUAAACUGAUAAGAAAACGUCCAUUACUCACAGAUUUGUUGUCUUUCAUUGCAAUGGAGAAGCAUCUGAAUCAACUGGGUGAUUAAGAGUACUCACAAGUAGUGUUGAAUGAAGCCGUCCCCAUGUGGCUAUACCAGGAAGCUAUGGGAUGCGGCCGUAGCAAGCAACAAUCCCCAUCAAAGGGUGACCAGGAACAAGAGGUCUACACAAAGGCUGACAGCAACAAGAAGAAAAAACCUAAAGAUGAGAGGAAGACAAAGGAAUUAUCCAACACAUUGAAAGGAAGUUCGCCAUCUAAAACUUUAAUUAAGAACAAAACUUCCCCUAUACGAGCUGCAGCCAACCUGCUGAAGCCUCCAAGCCCGGGUCAAGCCAACGGCUCCUCAAAAAGUCCACAGUUUCUCCAUGUAGAUGUGGAAAUACCUCCACCUAAAAUGGAUAAGACGGAGCAAGUAAGCCCUUCCAAGGCCGGAUCGAAGGACGGGAAGGAGUUUACAGGCAGAAAAAACAUCAAGGUUACACACAGUCAGAUAGAAUUCUUCCGCAUGCUCGACGAAAAAAUAGCUGAGGGUGAAGACUACCGGUCAGUGAUGGGCAGUCGUGUAAACUCACGACUCAACUCCCAGGAGCAGUCAUUGGAUGAGAUGCCAGAAUCUCCCCCGAAUACCCCUGAAGACUCUCCCAGGCACUCCCUCUCCAGCCUUGAUGAGUGUGAGCCAAUCCUGAUGAGGUCCGUCUCCUAGUCACCUCUCACCAAUGAAAGACAGUUGAUUCAUUUCUCUUACUAAUGCACAUACAAUUAUUAAAAUUCUAGAAAUUCAUUAUUGCCACUUCAGAGUUUUGGGAGUUAUUUGGUGGGAAACAGGACUGGUGCUUACCGGGGGUAGUUCUUUCAGAAACAAGAAGUAUGUGAGAGCGUUAUAAUGUUACCUUGAAGAAACUUCAGCAUUCGGAGUUAUUAUUGAGGUUACAAUGUAAAGUUUUGAAUUUCAUUAUAAUUGUUAGUCAAAACUUUAUGGAUAGCAGGUGCUAUCUUAGUAAAAGCAAAGUUUCCAGCACCAAUACCGUGACAGUGGCUUUCCUAUGAUGGUGUAGAGGCUUAUAAUGGCUGGUGAUAUUUGCUCAUUGCAUGCUGCUUACCUGACUAUAACAGUUCAAAGUAGGAAACAGGAUGUCGGAAUCUCACCUAUGUGUUGUCUCAUCUUCAUUGAACGUCAAAAUAUUUUUGUCUGUGCAGAAAGCAAGCGUUGCAGUGAUGAUGUUGAGCUAUAUUUCAUCUAUGUAUGUGUGCAGGUAGAGUGAUGCUCAUGACACAAAAUUGUCCUGAACAUAUCAGAAUUGUCGGCUUUCUGUGUAUGAAACUUGUUAAGGCUUUGAACAUAGUUGCUUCAUUAAAUUGAACAAGUUUGUAGAUCACAAAGAUUACUAAGUUUUAUGUUGUUUAAAAGGGAAUGGCUCAUAAAGUUUGGCAAUAUAUUUUGCAAAAUUUGUUGGAAUAUAAUUCAUUGGUUUUUGUACACUAAACAAUAAUUGAGAGAUACGCAUUCUAACUAAUUUUUUUAAAAUCUGGACUAAAAUCAUUAAAAUGUCAAUACAACCAAUUAGUUUGUGCACAAUACUCAAGAAAUAAAAUGUUCCGAUAUAAGACCGUAUGAAGCAUGUUAGUCCUUUACAUAGCAAUAGUGAACAUUUUGGAUCAGAGGGAAUAUUAGAUGUGGCUACAACGUUCAUAUGUACUUGUUUUAUUGAAUUCAAUACCAAAAAAAGUGACCAAAAACUGAAAAUCAAAACCAUAUCAUCCAAUGACUCACAUUACAGUGUACAUAAAGACUUACAUGGUUAAGCAUAUUUCUCAAACUACGGGUAAUGUGGAUCAGCAUUUAGAUGUACAAGGGCUUGAAAGAAUUCUCAAAUUAUUGUAGCUGGUUCAGGUUUUGCAGGAAUUAAGGAAUGUCUUUUCUGUGCCUCCUCAUGCUAGAGCAGGUCAACUACUUUGUUAUCAUUCUCAUGCAUUUGAAAUGAUUGUUCAUAAAAAAGAGGAUUGUUCUUAAAAAGGAAGUCAAAUUGUUUCUUAUGCACUAAAAAAAGGACACUCACUUCUCUAUUAAAAAGAUCCAUUUUCUGUGUCUGCUCCAUUACUCUUUAAUUGUUUUGAAGGAUUUGAAGCAACUUACUACAAAUGUUUUCCACCGUGGUCUUCCAAAGACUUAAAUUAAACACUAAAAUUUAAUUUUUGGUCAGUCAGCACAGUGGAUAUUGCACUUGCUUCUAACCAAGGCUUCGUGGGUUUGAUUCCAGGUCUCUGUGUAUUUGAGUUUGGUUGGUCGCUACUUCAGUUUCCCCUAACUCUUGCACACCAUUGUGCCAAAGAGUGACUUAGCAUGAGUUAAUGCAACCUUUUUUACAAUCAUUGAAAAAUAAAUCAAGUUUAACUUAAUAUUUUCUUUUAGUUUUGAAAUGUGACAUUUUAAGAAUUGAUGAUUUAUUAUGAGUAUUUGUUGUCAGUCAAGUUUUUAGUUUAAGCAACUAGUCCCAUACAUUUUGCUUAAUGUUGUUGUUUUUUUGAUAGGCAUUUAUGUGAUAUACGUUUAUGUUUUAAGCGUUGAUACUUGUGUUAUGUGAUUGUACUGACACAAAUUUGCUUAUUUGAAACUGUGUAAUUUUUAGCUUGAGCACAAAGUGCUCAGCGUGAAUUAUUGUGAUAGGGUGAUUUCCAUCGUCAUCUGUCUGUAGUCAGGAUUUUUCUUCAGAAAACUUCUCCUAAACCACUGGAUCAAUUUCAACUUAACUUCACAGAAAUGGUCCUUGGGUGGUCUUCUUCUAGAUUCCUUCAAUAAAAGUGGUUCCCUACAGAACUCUGGUUGCCAUGGCAAACCGAAAGGAAACACUUUGAAAAUCUUCUUCUCAGGAAUCCGCUGUCCAAAUUUCAACAUAAUUUUUACAGAUUUGUUCCUAAGGCCACACCAAAUUAAUGUUUAGUUCCUCGGAUAUUUGCCAAAAAAAAUUGGAGCGAGCGAGCAAAAAAAAAAUAAGAAUAAAAGUUUGUCAGUUUUCAUAAAAACCGAAGCAAGCGAAGAGCGAAAAAUAUAUUUUUCCUUAUAUUCAAUAUAAAUAAGAAAGAUUGUUCAAAAUAAUUGCCCUUAAACCCAUUUUAAUGCCAUCUUGAACUGAACCUCUAAUGGACAUUGGGAAAAUGUCGGAAUACAUACUAUUUAUUUAUCCGUGUUUAGUACAAACAUUAUAUCGAUAAAUCUAAUGUCUUAUAUAAUUAAAACGUACUUUAAUAUGACGAGCAUUCAUAAUAAUAAAUAACCCUGCUUUUAGUAAAAAGUUUGAAACAACUUAUAUAAAUCUACCUGAAUCAGUUUAACAUCAUAUGCAACUGUAUUUAGACAUAACUUAGGAUUGAUUUGGGAUUUGUAAAAAAUGAUCACUUACACAGGCAUCAUCAAACAUCAGACUCCAUAUAACAUAGACUAAAUUUUGUUUUUAUUAUCACAGGAAAUGCAAUGACAUGUGCUUAUUAAAACAAAAAGAACAAGGGUAUUUUUCAGAGUACUUUUUUGGGUUAUUUAGAUGUUUUUAUGCACUAGCCAAUUGUAUAUGCCCCCUCCCCCCCCCCCCCACGUCCGGAAUAGCGGGGACUUUGACUUCCGGUCUCUCAAAACCCGGGUAAAAACAUCAAUUUGGACCAAACAAUGACUCAUGUUCCAGUUAAGUUGACCUGUCCGAUUUCCAUUCAAAACGAGUCACUAAUUACGCAAUAUAAUCGCUACCAGUCUUAGAUACACAUGCUUUAUUGCAUAAUGAUUGCUUUAAAUAAUGAUCCUUUAGUGCAUGAGACGAUCAACAAUGACUUUAAGCAUGCUUAAAACAUAUUUAUUGUAAAAAAUAAGAUUUAAUUUCCAAACUUCGAGCCACAUUGUUUAUACCGGAAGCCGCCAUUUUGAUUGAAUUUAUUGAAACCCAUGCUAAACCGAUCGAUAUACAGUAUAAAAACACUACGUAUCGGUAACUUCCCUUUACAAAAACACAAAAACUAGCGUAGAAAAAUUAUACUUGAUUAUUUUUAGCCUUUAAAUGAAUUAUUACCUGAAAAAAAUCUAAUUGGCGAUCAAAAUGGAGGUGCGGGCGCACAAAAAAAUUAAAAUAUGUUUUUUACAUUUUCAAAAAAAUAGGAGCUGUAAAUCCGCGGAACGAAAUAUCAAUUUGGUGUGGCCUAAGGUUACUCUAUAUAAAAUUCCAUCACCUCAUGUUAAUUUGUAAAAAAAACAUGGCCACCAGAUGGCGGGGCUACUUUUCACUUUAUGGAAAGCCUUGAAAAUCUUCUCCUUAGAAUCUGCUGGCCUGAUUAUAAAAUAAUUUCACAGAAAGGUAACCUUUUCUCAAAUUCCAUCACUCCAUGUUGAUUUGUAAAAGAACAUGGCCACCAAGGGCAGGCCUACUUUUCAAUAUAGGUCUCUAUGAAAAUCUUCUCAGAAUCCUCUGCCCUAAUUAAAAAAAAACACAGAAAUGUUCCUUACGUGACCAUAUAUCAAAUUUCUUCACCCCAUGUUGAUUCUUAAAAAGACAUUGCAGCAAGGGCUACGUUUCACCAUGUGGAAAACUUUGAAAAUCGUCUCUCCAGAAACCAUUUGCCCGAUUUCAAAAUAUAUAUAUAUAUAUAUAUUUAAUUUGAAAAAAAAAAAAAAAAUGUUUUUAUUUCUAUUUUUUUCUUAUUUUAUUUUUAAACAAUCAUUGAAGAUAUAAGCUUUAAACUUAAUGAACUUAUUCACCGUUACAAUGUCCUAAGAGUAAUGGCCCUUCAUAACUUUUGAAACAAAUGAAAUGAGAUGUAUUAAAGUUUCACCUCAUGGCAUACAGGCGGGCGGCGUUCAGUAUGUUGUGCGAUCAAUAACUAUAGAACCCUUUGUCUAAUUAGAUGAGCGAUAUAGGGCCAUCUUGGCUCUCUUGUUAUAAAUGGUAACUCUCAAAAACUCCUUAAUUGCACAUCAAGUUCAAAAUUAUCUGUGGUUUGGUUGACUGUUUAUUACUGAGUUGACUUGUAAUCUUGCUUGCUGUGAUUUGCAGAACAGGCAAUAUUGUCAUAUAGUAACAUCAUUGUUAAUCCAGGGGCUUGUUUCAUUACAGAUACUAGUCUUAAAGUUAAAUAUUUACACCUCAACUUCCCUUCCUAAUUUCCUUUAAUGAACAGCCUUAAUCGGCAAUUGCGAAUAUUUUCUGAUGAGCGCAACAUCUUCAGACAUAUUUGGCUUGGGAAUCAUCUCCAUUUGCAUACUACUGUUUGUAUUCUUUUAGCAGGCCUCAAAUUUUUAGCUCACCUUAGUUUGAAGUGGGUAUAUUGGAGUCACCUUAGUUUGAAGUGGGUAUAUUGGAGUCACCCUGUCCGUCGGUCGGUUUGUCGGUCGGUCCGUUGCAAUUUACCUUGUCCGGAGCAUUACUUAAAAACUACUGGAUGGAAUUGGAUUAAACUUCAUACAAUGGUAGAGCAUAAUGAGAAGAAGUGCAGUGUAAAAUAACCAUAACUCUAUUCUUGCUUAUUACUGAGUUAUUGCCCUUUGUUACUUUUUUUUGUCCGGAGUAUAACUUGAAAAGUACUGGAUGGAAUUCAUUUGAACUUCAUACAAGGGUUAAGCACAAUGAGAGGAAGUGCAGUGUUCAAGAACCAUAACUCUACUUUAGCUAAUUACUGAGUUAUUGCCCUUUAUUUGUUUUUAUCAUAAUGAGAGGAAGUGCAGUGUACAGGAACCGCAAUUCUAUUUCAGCCAAUUACAGAGUUAUUGCCCUUUGUUCGUUUUUUCUUGUCCGGAGCAUAACUUGAAAACUACCGGAUGGAAUAUAAUAAAACUUUAUACAAUUGUACAGCACAAUGAGAAGGAGUUCAUGAAUCAUUACACUAUUUUAGCAAAUGACAGAGUUACUGCCUUUUUCGGUGUUUUUUUGGAAUUUCAUAAAACUUCAUACAAUGAUAAAUCAUAAUGAGAGGUGGCGUUCAGUGGUAUCAAUCACCUUCAGUGAUAGCUGUAGUUGCCUCAAUAUUCACGAAACUUGGUCAAGAUGUUUGUCCCUGAGUAAUUACUCGGACGAGUUGGAAUAUGGGUCAUCUGGGGUCAAAAACUAGGUCACAGAGCCCAAAUAUAGAAAAACCUUGUUAACACUAUAGAGGUAACAUUUUCAACCCAAAUAUCCUGGAAAUUUGUCAGAAAGGUUGUUUUGAUAAUUUUUAAGCCAAAUUCGAGUAUGGGUCAUCUGGGGUCAAAAACCUAUGUCACAGAGCCCAAAUAUGGAAAAAUCUUGACAAGUCAAGUUCGAAUAUUGGUCAUCUGGGUUUUUUUUAUUGUUAUUUAAUUGUUUUAAAAUCAGUGAAGGUACUAACUUCAAAUUUCAUGAACUUAAUUCACAGUAAAUUGUUUUUUUUUGUGACAAGUUAUAUAAAUCCAACCUAAAUGUUGUAAGAGUUUUUGCUCUUUGUAUCUUUUUUAAACAAUUGUCAUGUUUUUACACGCCUGUUUUAAAAAGCUGGACAUAUAAUAGUUCCACUUAUGAUCUAUGGAAGGGCAGACAGGCACCAUCCAGUAUGUAGUCCGAUCAAUUACUUUUGACCCCUUUGUCCAAUCAUGACUGAAUUUGGUCAGAAUGUGUACUGAUAAUUAGCAAAAUUGUUGUAGUUACCCAAGAGUUAUUGUGCUUUAUUAAAUAUGGUCAGAAUGUGAAUGAACAUAAUACAUCAGAGAAGCCUAAACCCUGUUAUUGCCCUUUAAUUAUCAACAAGUAUAUAGCACAAAGUUUUACUCAGGUGAGCGAAAUAGCACACACGUGGCCCUCUUGUUUAAUCAACAUGUUGAAAAGUGUUAAUUUAUGAUUUGUUUAAUGUGUUGUUGUCAUGAGUAUUUCAAGUUUACGUUAAAGAUUAAUUUUAUUUGGGACUGUUUUUUGUCUGUAGCAAUAAAAUGUGUAAACCAGUCGGGUCGCUCUAUUUACAGCAUGGGGAGAAAGAAUUUCUUCAAGGUUUUCUUAAAUGGAAUUACAUAUUUUAUUAACAAUUCUGGAAAGAAAUAAUGAACUAUUGGUGUAAAUAUAGGUAAUGAAUUGUGUGGGUGAUUUCAUUAUCGGUGGUAUGAACACAGUUGGGCUGGCAAAAGUACACGUGGAGUCUUUCACACACAUUUACCAGCCCAACUGCGUUCAUACCUCAAUAAUUACAUCAAUCACACAAUUCAUUCUUUAAACGAUCUUCGUGUGGGCUAUUUAAUUUGCUAUAUAUUUGUGUGAAUUGCCAGAUUCAGAAUCAUAAACAAAGUUUGAGAAAUAAAAUAAUUCACAAUUUUUGGCUUUGAUGCCCUUACUGAUUUAUGUUUUUAGUAGGGUACAGCUAAGAUUAUGUGAUGGAACGGGCCACAUGGUAGAUAUGUAUGGAAUAUAUCUAUAGAAGUAUACUAUGAUCAAUUGAGUGUUGAUGUUCUUGAUGUGAUGUGUUUGCUCAUAUAGAUAGCUCAAAGCGACUUACUUUCAUGCAUUUAUUGCUUUCAUAAUUUAAGAUGUAUCAUUUUAACAACAGAGAUGUAUGUGGUGAUUCAAAAAUUACUGAAUGACAGCACUGUCUUUAUUGUAUUACUAAGUUUUAUAUAGAUCGGCCUUAAGUAGUAUUUAAUUACAGUAAAUAAAUUAUUUUUAAACGUAGAAAAAAAACCUAAAUUUUUACUGUAUCUUUAUGUAUGCACUAGCUGUGAUCCUUCCCGGGGUUGAAGUAGAGUGGUCAUACUGUAAUUCUCAGAUUAAGUAUGUGGUCAUUAUGUGGAGAGGUUAUUAAUCUAUUCAAAGUUAUUAGAUGUAAUAGUUUGAAGGGAAUUUUAUAGUAUGGCUAUGUGUGAUUGAAGAAUCUGUGGUGAAAUCUAUCUGUCACAAUCUGAAGGGCAAUUGAAGUAUCUGGGUUAAAACCAAUAUGUCACCAUCUGCAGGGCGAUUGAAGUAUCUGGGUUGGAACCCAUCUGUCACCAUCUGCAGGGCGAUUGAAGUAUCUGGGUUGAAAUCCAUCUGUCACCAUCUGCAGGGCAAUUGAAGUAUCUUAGGUGAAACCCAUCAGUCACAAACUACAGGGCAAUUGAAGUAUCUGAGGUGAAACCCAUCUAUCACAAUCUGCAGGGUGAUUGAUGUUUCUGAGUUGAACCCAUCUGUCACAAACUACAGGGCAAUUUAAGUAUAUGAGGUAAAAUUCAACUGUCACAACCUGCAGGAAAUAUCAAUUUAAGUUUCGUAAACUUAAUCAUUUCAGGUGAAUUGGAUCAUAUAUAAUUAUAUUUUAUACAUUCUUGUACUUAUGUUACACACUCAUGUUGCCUGCAUGGUAGUGUAGCUGUUAAUGUUCCAUCUUUGAUGUUCAUUGUUGAUGCAUCUGCAUGCUACAUCACUGGCUCGAGGUGUCACAAUCUCACAAAUCCAUGAUUAUCACUAUGCUGCUUUUGGCAACAGUUUUAGUUCAGGUGCAUUAAGACAGUGAUCACAACUCUUCAUUAUUUCAGUACAUAUAUAUGGGCCUUAUGCUCUUGAAAUUGUUUACACCAUGUUAAGUUUUACAUUUGUUUCUGUGCCUAGACUUGUCUGGAUUCAGAAGCCAUUUGUCAGGGGCAUACAUCACUUCCAGUAACAGCUCGUUUUAUUAUCUGUGUUAUAUCAUUUGUACAUUGUUGCAUUGUUGUUGACUAAAUUAUUGAUUAAUUAUUAAGACAAUUUAUUUAUAAAGGCUACACAUUUGUUAGAAGAUAUUACUACUAGGUUAUCAACAAUUUGUAUGUCAAUGCUGAUUUUAUGUAAUCUUAAUUCUAAUUAAUCAAAACACUGUGAUCAAAUAAUUUAGUUUUAAUAUAUAUAAUAUAUUAAGUAUAGAUUAUUAUUCAUUUUAUGAUUACAAGGUGUGUCGAAGGUGUUUGUAGCCAGCUGUAGUAUAUAUAUAUAUAGGGGUUACUUUUGUCGGCGGCGGCGGCGUCCGCGUCCCAUUUUCGCUUGUCCGGGGUAUAUCUCCUAAACUAUUAGUGGUAUCAACUUGAAACUUCAUAUGUACAAAGAUCUAAUUGAGGGCAAGUGCAGUGCACAAGAACUGUUACUCUUGCUUCCAUAUUUUUAGAGUUUUGCCCUUUGUUAUUUUUCAUGCUUAGUUUUGUCCGGGGCAUAUCUUGUAGAAUAUAAGAGUUAUCAACUUGAAACUUCAUAUGUAGAUAGAUCUCAUGGAGGGCAAGUGCAGUGCACAAUUACAGUAACUCUUGCUUUCUUAGUUUUAAAGUUAUUGCCCUUUGUUAAUUUUCAUGCUUAAAGUUUUGUCCGGGGCAUAUCUUGAAGAAUAUAAGAGGUAUCAACUUGAAACUUUAUAGCUAUAUAUAUCUCAUUGAGGGCAAGUGCAGUGCACAAUUACAGUAACUCUUGCUUUCUUAGUUUUAAAAUUAUUGCCCUUUGUUAAUUUUCAUGCUUAAAGUUUUGUCCGGGGCAUAUCUUGAAGAAUAUAAGAGGUAUCAUUUUGAAACUUCAUAGCUAGACAGAUCUCAUUGAGGGCAAGUGCAGUGCACAAUAACAGUAACUCUUGCUUCCUUAGUUUUAAAGUUAUUGCCCUUUGUUAAUUUUCAUGCUUAAAGUUUUGUCCGGGGCAUAUCUUGAAGAAUAUAAGAGGUAUCAACUUGAAACUUCAUAGCUAGAUAUAUCUCAUUGAGGGCAAGUGCAGUGCACAAUAACAGUAACUCUUGCUUUUUUAGUAUUAAAGUUAUUGCCCUUUGUUAAUUUUCAUGCUUAAAGUUUUGUCCGGGGCAUAUCUUGAAGAAUAUAAGAGGUAUCAACUUGAAACUUCAUAGCUAGAUAGAUCUCAUUGAGGGCAAGUGCAGUGCACAAGAACCGUUACUCUUGCUGCCAUAUUUUUAAAGUUAUUGCCCUUUGUUAAUUUGCGGCGGCGGCGUCCGCGUCCCAUUUUCACUUGUCCAGGGUAUAUCUCCUAAACUAUUAGUGGUAUCAACUUGAAACUUCAUAUGUACAUAGAUCUAAUUGAGGGCAAGUGCAGUGCACAAGAACUGUUACUCUUGCUUCCAUAUUUUUAGAGUUUUGCCCUUUGUUAUUUUUCAUGCAUAAAGUUUUGUCCGGGGCAUAUCUUGUAGAAUAUAAGAGUUAUCAACUUGAAACUUCAUAUGUAGAUAGAUCUCACGGAGGGCAAGUGCAGUGCACAAUACCAGUAACUCUUGCUUUCUUAGUUUUAAAAUUAUUGCCCUUUGUUAAUUUUCAUGCUUAAAGUUUUGUCCGGGGCAUAUCUUGAAGAAUAUAAGAGGUAUCAACCUGAAACUUCAUAGCUAGACAGAUCUCAUUGAGGGCAAGUGCAGUGCACAAUAACAGUAACUCUUGCUUUCUUAGUUUUAAAGUUAUUGCCCUUUGUUAAUUUUCAUGCUUAAAGUUUUGUCCGGGGCAUAUCUUGAAGAAUAUAAGAGGUAUCAACUUGAAACUUUAUAGCUAGAUAUAUCUCAUUGAGGGCAAGAGCAGUGCACAAUAACAGUAACUCUUGCUUUCUUAGUUUUAAAGUUAUUGCCCUUUGUUAAUUUUCAUGCUUAAAGUUUUGUCCGGGGCAUAUCUUGAAGAAUAUAAGAGGUAUCAACUUGAAACUUCAUAGCUAGAUAGAUCUCAUUGAGGGCAAGUGCAGUGCACAAGAACCGUUACUCUUGCUGCCAUAUUUUUAAAGUUAU